AUGGAAAAGGGGCUGGCGAGCAGCGAGGACGGGGACGGCCUUGAGGCCCCUCGGGGCGGGCGGCCCAAGAGGAGGGCGGCCAAAGCGGCUCUGCUGUACCUGCAGGAGCUGGCGGAGGAGCUGAUGCCCGCGUGCCAGCCCCCUGCUCCAGCCAAGGGGGUGCCAGAGCCCGAGCACGUCCGGAGGAAGCGCCGGGGCCGGAGGAGGAAGGGGGAGGACACGGACAGCGAUGACCCUGCACAAGAUGCUGACUUCGUGCCCUCGCAGGAGGUGCUGCAGGCAGAGGAGGAAGAGGAGGGCAGCGACACGCUGUUCAGUGAGGCGUCGGAGCCAGAGCUGGAGGCACCUCGAGGGCACAGCGGGAGGAUGGCAGCCACGGGGAGAUCCAAGCCCCAGUGCCGAGGCCUCGCCCCCAAUGGCUUCCACAACUCCAUCAUGGCCCCAGUGGAGAAGAGCUCCAGCCUUACCUGCAGCCUGCGGGAGCAGAAGCACUCGCAGUGGGAGUUCCCUGACUGGAUCCCAGUGGCACACAGGUGGACGUGUCUCUCUGACAGCGAGGCUGCCCCGUACCUGCCGGCAGAGGAGAAGUCUCCCCUGUUCUCCAUUCAGCGCGAGGGCAUCAAGGACGAUGGUGCCUUGUACAGGUUAAACAGGUUCAGCUCUCUGCAGCCCCACCCGGAACGCCUGGAUGUCUCUUUCUUCGUGGGCGGCCCGGUGUGGGCGAUGGAGUGGUGCCCGACCCCGGAGGGCUCUGCAGCCCCACAGUACGUGGCCGUGUCCUGCCACAGGAGCAUGGAGGAGACACACAGUGUGUCUGGGCUUCACUCAGGCCCUGCACUCCUGCAAAUCUGGGACCUAGGCAUGCUGCACACAGAGCACGGGUCUCCCAGCAAAGCCAGGCUGGCCUAUGCCAUUGCUGCUGACUAUGGCUGUGUGUGGGACAUGAAGUUCUGCCCCAGCGGUGCCUGGGAGCCACCCACUGUAGCCCGGACGCACCCACAGAUGAGCCGGCUGGGCCUGCUGGCUGCUGCCUUCUCAGACGGCAGGGUGGUGGUGUAUGCCUUGCCGCACCCUGGGGCCCUGCAGCACGCCAAGACAACCCAGGUAAAAGAUGGGUCCCUCCACAAGCACCUUAUCUGCAAGGUGCAGUGCAUCGCCACACUUCAGGUGGGCUCCAUCCAGGCAGGUAAUGCCUCUGAGUGUGGACAGUGCUUCAGUCUCUCCUGGAUGCCUUCCAAGCCCCACCAUCACCUGGCAGCAGGGUUUUAUGAUGGCACCGUGGCGGUGUGGAACCUGCUCACCAAAUCCCUGCUGCAGUGUGUGCCCCAGCCUGACGCCUCCCUCAAGCUCUACCCUUUCCGGUGCUUUCUAGCCCAUGACCACGCAGUCCGGAGCAUUGAGUGGUGCAAGGCUGACAGCAACUUCCUGGUCACAGUAGGCAGCGACCGCAAGAUCAAAUUCUGGGACCUGCGGCGGCUCUACGAGCCCAUCAACAGCAUCAAGCGCUUCCUGAGCACCGAGGUGGCCUGGCUGCUGCCCUACAAUGGCAUCACUGUGGCCCAGGACAACUGCUAUGCCCCGUAUGGGCUCUGUGGGAUCCACUACAUCGACGCCGGGUACCUGGGCUUCAAGGCCUAUUUUGUGGCCCCUCGCAAGGGCACCGUGUGGAGCAUCUCUGGCUCGGACUGGCUGAACACAGUAGCAGCGGGUGACAUCACCGGUGAGCUGGUGGCAGCGGUGCUGCCCGACCUGGCUGUCAAUCCCCUCAACGUCAAGCGCUCCUCGGACCGCAGAUUUCCAGUGUACAAAGCUGACCUGCUGCCAUGCAGCCCUGACGGGCCUGAGCACACCGAGCAGGUACUGCCGAGGACCCAUUGCUACAGUGAGAUGGUAGCCAGGAGUUACAUCCGAUUCCAGGACACGGACCUGCGCAGCUUCCAGAACUUCCCAAGCCGGGAGCCCAUGCGCCGGAUGCACAACCAGGAGCUGAAGGCAGAACUGAGCCUUGACCGCCUGCAGAUGGAGGCCCUCCACAAAGUGCGCUUCAGCCCCAACCUGGACUCGCAGGGAUGGCUGGUGUCAGGCGGGCAGGCGGGCAUUGUGCGGGCACACUGCCUGGCAGGGCUGGCCUCUGCUGUGGGCCACCAGCUGCUCCCAGAGUGCCAGGCCCGCUUCAGCGUCCUCUAUGGGGACACACCCAGCAGCCCUGGCCCCCCUGAGCACUCCCUGCUGCCAGUGGAGUAGGAGUGUCGGUCCCUUAUGCUGCUGCCAUGUGCUCACCCUGGGCAGGGCUUGGGGCUGGGGCCAGCUGUGCUGGCAUGGGGCUGUGAGCCCUCUCAGUGC